AUUUACACGCAAAGGGGCCACAGUAGUAGCAGCAAAUUCCAACAUUUUUGCAUUUCUGAAUUUUCAAUUGUUUAGAUUUUAGAUCUCCUUUUACCGCGAAUUAUCAAAACCCUAGCUGGAUCCGCCAUCGCCACCGUGACCACAGCUCCCUUUUAUUCUCUCUCUUUCAGAGGGGGAGGUGAUCGAGUGAUCUAUAAAAAUGCAACACAUUCCGUCUACGGUCGAGGAACAGUUGUUUUUGAAAGCGAUCAAGGAAGAAAGUCCGUGGGAGAAUUUGCCUAAACGGCUUCAAGCCAAUCUUAAUUCUAAAGAAGAAUGGCACAGAAAGAUCAUUGAGCAUUGUAUCAAGAAAAGGCUCCAAUGGAACACUUCUUUUGCUCGCAAAGUAUGUAAAGAAGGCGAAUAUUAUGAGGACAUGAUGCGUUACUUGCGAAGGAAUCUAGCGUUAUUCCCUUACCACCUUGCGGAGUAUGUUUGCCGUGUCAUGAGGGUCUCUCCUUUCCGAUAUUACUGUGAUAUGAUAUUUGAGGUUAUGAAAAAUGAGCAACCUUAUGACAGUAUACCAAAUUUCAGUGCUGCUGAUGCCUUGAGACUUACUGGAAUAGGAAGAAAUGAAUUUAUUGAUAUCAUGAACAAAUGCCGGUCUAAGAAAAUUAUGUGGAAGCUCAACAAGUCGAUUGCAAAAGAGUUGUUACCUACCCAACCUGUGGACUUCCAAAUUGAACCUUGGUGGGGAAUUUGUCUUGUUAACUUUACUCUAGAAGAGUUUAAGAAACUUUCAGAAGAAGAAAUGGCAACAAUAGAUAAAAUCUGCAAAGAAGAAGCUAAUGCAUUUAUCCUGUUUGAUCCUGACAUUGUAAAAGGUCUUUAUCGACGGGGGUUGGUCUAUUUUGAUGUUCCUGUCUAUCCAGAUGACCGGUUUAAAGUUUCUAAGCUAGAAGGAUUCAUUUCAAACAAGGAGCAGUCCUAUGAGGAUCCUAUUGAGGAGUUGCUCUAUGCAGUUUUUGUUGUAUCAAGUGAGAAUGCUACUGUUGCUGAACUGGCAUCAACCUUACAAGCGGAUCUUAGUCAACUGCAGGCUGCUGCAUCUUUUGUUUGUCGCUUGGGAUGGGCUACAAAAGUAAUUGAUCCUUCGUCUGUGCUUCAAGAAAAUACAAGCGUACCUCCCCAUGGUGUCAGCCUUGCAGAUGAAGAAGAAACUUCUCACCGUAGUUCAACCUCUGCAAAUGUGUCCACCGAUGGUGAGGCUGCUCAACAAGGAGAUGUUUGGGGGACAGAAAACCACGGGCCUCGUUCUAGCGAUACUAGGGUUGCUUUUGUUGUUGAUGCUAAUAUAACAUCUUAUCUUAUGAUGGGCUCUGUUUCACCAGGAUUGAAAUCUCACGCUGUGACGCUAUAUGAAGCUGGGAAAUUAGGCCAUGCUAGCAUCGCGGAUCUUUGCAAAGACUUGAGCACAUUGGAGGGAGCAAAAUUUGAGGGGGAGUUGCAGGAAUUUGCUAACCAUGCAUUUAGUCUUCGUUGUGUCCUGGAGUGUCUACUAUCAGGUGGUGUUGCCACUGAUAAUAGAUUUGUGAAAAUGGCUGAUAGAAUGGGAGUGUCAGCUUCAGGUUAUGAUGAGUCUACCAUGAUAGUCGACACUUCACUGAUGGAUGUAUCAGAUCAAUCUGCUGCUAAUGAAACUGAAGUAAACAUUAACGGUACCGAUAAUUUAGAAUCAUCACAGGAAGAUUCUGUUCUGGAUGACUCUGUUGUACCUGAAACUGCUGGUGAUGACAGAUCUGUUACCAUAUCAGAAGAUGGCAAGCCCUCGAGUGAGGUUUCCAAGUCAGAUCAGAAUGUCCAGAAUGAUGAGAAAAUGAUACGGAUGGAAGUGACUGACAUGGGAAAAGGAACUUUCAGGAAGAAAAAGAAAUACAGAUUGGAUAUCCUCCGCUGUGAAAGUUUGGCUGCUUUGCCAAAGGCAACCUUAGAUCGGUUAUUUCUUCGUGACUAUGAUAUUAUUGUGUCUAUGAUUCCUCUUCCACAUUCAUCUGUUCUUCCUGGACGAACAGGUCCUAUUCAUUUUGGUCCUCCCUCUCACUCAUCUAUGACACCAUGGAUGAAAUUGGUGCUAUAUUCAACGGUGGCCAGUGGACCCGUAUCAGUUGUUCUGAUGAAAGGACAAUGUCUACGCUUGUUGCCUGCACCAUUAGCUGGUUGUGAGAAAGCCCUUGUAUGGUCUUGGGAUGAUUCAACAAUUGGAGGCUUAGGUGGAAAGUUUGAAGGAAAUUUAGUUAAGGGAAGCGUACUUUUACACUGUUUGAAUUCUCUUCUCAAAUAUUCUGCUGUUAUAGUGCAGCCCUUCAGCAGAUAUGAUCUUGAUGGUUCUGGAAAAGUUGUUACACUUGACAUACCCUUGCCCCUUAAGAAUUCUGAUGGUUCAGUUGCUCAUGUGAGGGAUGAGCUAGGACUAUGUGUGGCGGAACGUUCAAAAUUAAAUGAUCUAUUAACUAAUUUGGCUGACCAGAUACAGUUCUGGACAGUCGGUUACAUUCGAGUGCUAAGACUAUUUAAAGAAAGAGAUAUGGAUCAUUUUGGUCCGGAUAAAGAGAUAUAUGAAUGGGUUCCAUUGACUGUUGAAUUUGGGAUGCCACUUUUCAACCCUAAGUUAUGCAAGAGUAUAUGUGAAAGGAUUGUCUCGUCUGAGUUACUUCAAUCAGACUCACUUACUGAGCAUCAUGAUUCAAUGCAAAGCAUACGUAGAAUGUUGCGUGAGGUUUGUGCAGAGUAUCAGGCAACAGGUCUUGCGGCAAAACUUUUGUACCAAAAGGAGCAGCAAAAGGAUCAUCCGAAGGACACAAAACAAUCAAAGAAACUCAUGAACUAUGCUAGUGGGAAGUGGAACCCACUGCUAGAUCCUUCUUCUCCCAUUUCUGGAAUGUCUAGUGAGCGUCAAAGAUUAAAACUUGCCAGUCGCCAGCGUUGUCGGACUGAAGUUUUGAGCUUUGAUGGUAGCAUUCUUAGAGCAUAUGCCCUAGCCCCUGCAUAUGAAGUUGCCACAAGACCUGUUGAAGAUUCCACCUCAGCAACCACAACAAAAGUUGAUUCUGAUGAAACUGACAGCAACGAAGUUAUCCUUCCUGGCGUGAACCUUAUUUUUGAUGGUGCUGAGUUGCAUCCCUUUGAUAUAGCUGCUUGCCUGCAGGCUCGCCAGCCAAUUUCCUUAAUCGCAGAGGCAGCUGCAGCCUCCUCAUCUUUUGCAGUUAAAUAGGUCUUAUGAAUAUGAGAAGUGUGGAUUGAAUAUCUUGUCGGUAUAUUGACAAAUGGAAGUUAUUUUGUCCUUCAUACUGCAUUAUUCUGGUUAUCGCUUCAUCUGCGUCAUCUUUGAUAUCAUUCUAUGGAUCUGAGCUGGCAGUUCAAUCGAAGGUAAUAUCAUGGUCUUUUUCCCCUUGAUAACAUCAUACAUAUUUGUUUCAUUGCUUUCAUAUGUUUCUAGUUAUAUUUUCAAUUAUCUGGUACAAUAUUAGCAGCCCCUUAGCUGUCUGAGGACUGCUAUUGGUUUGGUGUAGAAUACGAAGCAGCUAAUUGAGGGUUAACUCGUUACCUUGUAGUAUCUACGGGGCUUCAUUAUAAUAGUUUAUAUAUUUAGGGUUUAUUUGGUAUUUUAAAUUUAUAUCAGGGUUUAGGAUCUUAGUUUUUAUGUCUUGUUUUGAGUUCAAUUCUUUUAGGAUGAGCAAUGACUUGAAUGGAAUCUUACAUAAAUCAAUUAACUCUUUCUACCGUGAUAGGGAAUAUAAUAUUUUAGCGCUGUUGCUAUUGUCAACUAUUUGAUGCUUAGAUUUCAAAUUUAAAACUGUGCCCCAUCUGCUUCAGUUGAUGUUAUUGUAGGGCAGGGUAGUGUUAUAAAGCCAAUGAGGCCCUGGCUUAGUAGCAAUGAAGAGGCCUUCCCAAACAUACUAUAUCUACAUUGCUUGAAGGCUGCUUCCAGAUUGCUUUUGCUUUUUUAUUUUUUUUGGGGGGGGGGGGGGGGUUAAGUGCAUGUAUUGUGAAAGAAAAGAGAAUGCUUGUUUGUGAUAUGUGAGUUGAUUACUUAAAUGUAAACCCCUUUUUUAUUGUUGCUUAUUGGGUGCAGUAAGAGAUAGAAACUAUAUUUUACAUGAUAUACUUUACUUAUAUAAAUAUAGGAAUACAAUAUAAGUUUGUUUUCUGUAUUGAGAAUUGUAAACAGUUUCAGUUUUGUGUCAGUUAAUACAUUUCAAUAUUUUUAUUUCAAAA